GGUAAGCAACGCCGCACAGUUGUAACCGCGAUCGCAACCAAGCACAACGCACCAUUGGUUGUCAACACGAUUAAAAAAACUUGAAGAAAAAUCGGGCCGAUCCGGCCAAUUAACAAUGGCCUGUGCUCACGCUAGAAGACUCACCAGAGUCUGGUUCCAAAUUAAACUGGUGCUGUUUUUGUCAAUUCUGUGCGCCGCUGAUCCUCAACUUGAUCUACCGCCGCUGCCGCAAGUUUCUAGUACACAACGCAACCCUUAUACCAAUUACGGACUACUAUCCAGUACGCCCACAUCUAUAAACUCCCCUGGAAACCAGUACGAUGUCCAAAAUCAAUUCAGUACGGGAAGACCAAAUCCAAUUUCCACUCCAGGAGUGUAUCCUGUGUCCUCAACCCCUUACAGUCGUAUCAACCCUGAUAUAAACAACAAUGGAUAUCCAAAUCUUGACUAUGGAAAUGGUAGAAUACCUAGUUCUACAACGAGACCUUAUGAUAACAGGAAUCGUGAUGAUAGAAUAGAUAUCAAUAAUGACCCGAACUUUAGAAGGAAUGACCCUAAUUUUGUGAGAAACGACCCGAACUUCGUUGGGGCGAAUCCAUACGACUUUAACAGGGGUGUAGACGGGAAUAGUAUAGACGAUAGGUUCCACCAAGUGAAUUUGCAGCAGAUCAGGGACUUUUUGCUUCAAGCUGAUGACCAGGCUUCGAAGGAGUGCACAAAUAACGUCGCGGCGCAAUGGAACUUUGAAACCAACGUCAACGAUGCAACUCAACAUGCUGCGCUGGACGCACAGCAGCGCUACACACUAUUCCAGCGCGGGCUAUGGGAGGCAGCUCAGCAGAUCCCUCGCGGAGCAGUUCGCGACUUCCAAACCUUUCGCCAACUUCGUCUCCUGUCCAUCAUCGGGCCUGCCGCCUUGCCGCCUGAUCAGCUUGAUAGAUACAACCGCCUUAUCAACGACAUGCUGGCAGUAUACAACACUGCUGAGAUCUGCGCAUACAACGAGCCAUUCAAAUGUGGACUACAUCUGCAACCUGAACUUCAAUUUAUAAUGUCCCACUCUAGGGAUUGGGACGAACUGCAACACGUCUGGACUGAGUGGAGAAGAAAUACCGGAAGAAGAGUCAGAGAUUUAUAUGAGCAACUUGUGGAUUUGACCAACCAGGCUGCUAGAUUGAACAAUUUUACUGACGCGUCUGCCUAUUGGAUGUUCCCCUACGAGUCUGGAAACUUGAGACAAGAAGUUGAUGAUGUUUGGGAACAGAUUAAGCCGUUGUACGACCUUCUCCACGCCUAUGUCCGUCGUCGUCUCAGGGAAGCGUACGGACCUGAGAGGAUCUCCCGUUCAGCCCCGAUCCCUGCUCACAUUCUCGGAGACAUGUGGGGCCAGAGCUGGUCGGGCAUCGUGCCGUUUACCCUGCCCUACCCUGGGAAGACGCUCGUUGAUGUCUCACCGGAGAUGAUUCAACAGGGCUACACACCGCAGUCAAUCUUCCAGCUGGCAGAGGAAUUCUUCGCCUCUAUGAACAUGUCUGCCAUGCCUCCAGACUUCUGGGCUCUCAGCGUAUUCGAGCAGCCUCCAGACAGGCACAUCCACUGCCAACCUUCAGCUUGGGACUUUUGCAACCGUCAUGAUUAUCGUAUUAAAAUGUGCACACACGUGGACAUGAAGGAUCUAGUGACCGCUCACCACGAGAUGGCGCACAUUCAAUACUUCCUGGCGUACAGAAACCAGCCCAAGGUGUUCAGAGACGGUGCCAAUCCUGGUUUCCACGAAGCCGUCGGCGAGACGAUAGCCCUCUCCGUGUCUUCGCCUCGGCAUCUGCAGACCCUGGGCCUAGUCCAGCGCUCAGUAGACGACACAGCCCACGAUAUCAACUAUCUCUUCACCCAGGCUAUGGACAAGUUGGCCUUCUUGCCAUUUGCCCUGGUCAUGGACAGGUGGAGGUGGGAUGUCUUCACUGGUGACGUCAGAAAGGAACAGUACAAUUGUCAUUGGUGGAGACUUAGAGAGCAGUAUCAAGGCAUCAAGCCCCCAGUCCUGCGGUCCGAGCUGGAUUUCGACCCUGGCUCCAAGUACCACAUUCCCGCCAACAUUCCCUACAUCAGAUACUUCGUGAGCACAGUCCUGCAGUUCCAAAUCUACCGUGCCCUGUGCGAGCGCACGGGUCAGUUUAUCCCGGGAGAUCCGUCACGACCACUCCACAAGUGUGACAUUUACAGACAACCUGAAGCUGGCAACAUUUUGACGCGCAUAAUGGAACGCGGGUCCUCAGUGCCCUACAGCCAGAUCCUGCAGGAGACUAUCGGAGAGGGUCGUCUCAACGGCGAAGCGCUAAGGGACUACUUCAGACCACUGGAGGAUUGGUUGCGAAGCGAGAAUCUCAGGACUGGGGAGUAUCUUGGCUGGAGUUAUGAUGGAGACUACUGCAAGUUUAGCAUUGAGACGGCGGGUCUGCAAGUGUAUGGAGGUUUCUACAACGCGGCUACACGGCACUAUGACGUCACGAGUUUCGCAACGAUCCUCCUUGCUUCUACCCUGACCACUUUCAUAGGAUUACGCUGGCGAUAGACAAUUUGUGAAAAAGUAAUAUAAUUUAAAUUUUCGAACAUGACAUUCCAAAUAAUAAUUUGUUUUUAAAUUAAAAGCUAUGAAAUCGAGUCAGCCUUGUUUAAAAAAAGCGUCCUUUUUUCAAGACUCUAUUCUAUAAAUAUUUUGGUAAGUACCUAACUUAAAAGGUAACACAGUAGGUAUUUUAUCUAUACAAAAGUUGUUAGUAUUAUAUAAAGACCUUUUAUCGGUAAAAAUCUUUUAUUCAGAGAUAAAAGAGUAAAAAGGUUGACUCUAUUUCGAGCCUACGAUUUUUUUUUUCUGAGAAUAGUUUUAUAUUUAUAUUUUAUAUAUUCAGCCAGUGUUAGUGUAUUUUCUUUUUAAUUAUAACUUUUCUCAGUCGUGCAUGUUAGUUAAAUUAGAUUUUAUAUCUUCCAGGGUCUCAGUGUAUUUUAAUACGUGGUACCUUCAUAUUCUGAAAUGUAUAUAAACUUACAACUUAGUAUUAGGGUCAAAGAUCGCAAUUACUUUAUUAUAAUAGUUUUAUCUGAAUUUUGUAAAUAGUUUUGAAUAACAUGAGAUUUUGAUUAUAUUGUGAUAACACGAAAAUAAAAAUAAUUGAAAUAAAAUA